AUGGAAGAGUUUCCUUGCGAUGUGAUACGGUACGAGGCCUAUGUGUAUGGCGUCUGUGAAUUUCGCUUACCUUUCUUCUUACCUUCAAGGAAUUUUUCAAUCAUUGCCCAUAUUGACCACGGAAAAUCCACGUUAGCGGACAGGUUGCUCGAACUGACUGGAACCAUUCAAAAGAAGCAGGCGGGGAAGAACGAACAAGUUCUGGACAAGUUGAAAGUUGAACGGGAGCGUGGAAUUACAGGCAAGUCCAAUCAUAGCAUGAUAGACAAAUUCAAAGGGAAGGACUACCUACUGAAUUUGAUUGAUACCCCAGGACACGUCGAUUUUGCGUGGGAGGUAUCACGUUCGUUGGCUGCUUGUCAAGGUGCCCUUCUUCUAGUUGAUGCCAGUCAAGGCGUUCAGGCUCAGUCUAUAUCGGUUUUUCACAAUGCUAAAGAGCGAGGGCUCAAGAUUAUCCCUAUCUUAAACAAGAUUGAUCUUCCCGCUGCGCAACCUGAGCGAAUAGCAGCCCAAAUGCAAGCCACCUUUGGAAUCGAUCCUUCAGACAUUCUUCACAUAUCUGCCAAAACUGGUCAAGGAACUCAAGAAGUGCUCGAGGCAAUCAUAAGCCGCAUACCUCCCCCAAGUGGUCGGAUACAUGCUCCGCUAAAAGCGUUUCUAUUUGACUCCUUUUAUGACAGGUAUCGUGGGGUUAUAUCUCUGAUUAACGUGCAGGAAGGGGUCCUUCGGAAAGGCGAUAAGAUAUCUUCGUGUCAUACUCGGAAAAAAUAUGAAAUAACAGAGUUAGGCAUUCUGCAUCCAGAAGAAGUUCCAACGCAAAGCCUAAAUCCAGGACAGGUUGGUUAUAUCGCAUGUAACAUGAAGCAGUCGUCAGAAGCUCAUAUUGGCGAUACUCUGCAUCGUGCGGGUGAACCUGUGGAGCCUAUGGAGGGAUUCCAGGAAACCAAGGCUAUGGUUUUUGCCGGCGUUUUCCCCGUUGAUAACAGUGAUUUUCCUAAACUGGAAGAAUCGAUUAACAGACUCACAUUGACGGAUCGCAGUGUCACGAUUCAGCGGGAGUCCUCCUCUGCUUUGGGUCAAGGUUGCCGUCUUGGAUUUUUGGGAACCCUACAUAUGGAUGUCUUUCGUCAAAGACUUGAAGACGAGUACGAUGCCAACAUCAUCAUAACGGCUCCCACUGUACCUUAUAAAGUCGUCUACCAUGACAGGGAGGUUAUCAUAAGCAACCCGACGGAGUUCCCAGAAGUUACUGAUGCCACCGCACGUGUCAAGGAAAUUCAAGAGCCAGUUGUCAAGGCAUCUAUUAUCGUUCCUGAAGAAUACUUCGGGGAUUUGAUGGAGCUUUGCUAUUCACACCGAGCAGAAGAUCUGGACCAUCGCUAUCUAGACUCUGGAGCCGUUUCCUCGCGAAUAAUGUUAAAUUGCAUUCUGCCCUUGAGCGAGAUCGUGACGGACUUCUUUGAUCAGCUCAAAAGUCGUAGCUCGGGAUUCGCGAGCUUUGACUACGAGGACGCGGGAUAUCGGAAGAGCGACUUGGCGAAGAUGUCGUUCCUGCUGAACGGAAAACCUGUGGAUGCUCUGGCACUCAUUAUCCAUCGUUCAGCCCAGGAAGCUGUUGGAAGGCAAUGGGUAAAGAAACUUCAUAAAGUCAUACCCAGACAGCUAUACGAAGUUCCUAUACAAGCUGCAAUUGGUAAAAAGGUCAUCGCCCGCGAGACCUUGAAGGCUAUGCGAGCCGACGUUACAGCCGGAUUGUAUGGUGGACAUUAUGAACGCAAAAUGAAGCACUUGGAAAACCAGAAAGAAGGCAAACGCAAAAUGAAAAAGAUGGGAACCAUUGAUCUCCCUCAAGAAGCAUUCUUUGACAUUUUGAGUAACAAAAGUUGA